CCCUAAUUCUUUGGGAUUUGUGCGCCUUCGAAAAUUUAGAAAAAAAUCAUUCGCUUCUUGAAUGCUUCACUGCGGCAAAUUCAAGCAAUAGAGAGUACCAAGUCUGUUGCUUUGUUCUGUAUUCUUUCAAUUCUUAAAAAUCACAAUAAGGGGCCAAACAUGUCCCAAAAUAACAUUCAGUCAAAUUCAAUUCAAAAUCCUAGAGUAACCUGGGAAGGUUGCAGUGUCUUGCUCGACAUUAACGACGGCGACCGCCUUGUUUUUGCUCGAUUAACAGCUGGCUCGACGUUGAAAAUUGGAAGUAAGAAUUUCUCUUUACGGCCCUUGAUUGGAUGCCCCUUCGGUUCUUCUUUUCAAAUUGAGAAUGGGACUGAAGGGCUUUGUUUAUGUAGGUUUGUUCCUUCCACGGAAGUAGAUAAUAAUGAUCAAGAAAAAGGAGGUUCUCAAAUAAUGGAAGAAUGUAGGGAUAACCGAGCUAUUGUUGAUAAUAAUGAAGCCCAGACCCUAACUAGUGGAGACAUAGAUGAAAUGCGGAGGCAGGGUGUGAAAGGUGAUGAGAUAAUUGAAGCUCUCAUUGCCAAUAGUGCAACAUAUGAGAAAAAAACAACAUUUUCUCAAGAGAAAUAUAGGAUUAAGAAGCAAAAAAAGUAUGCCCCUAGAGUACUUCUGAGGCGACCUUCUGCUAGGAGCAUAUGCGAGGCGUACUUCAAGAAAUAUCCACAUAGAAUCGGAUUCCUGCGAGUAGAUGCAUUAUCCCUGUUGCUUUCACUUGCUAAUGUUACUGCAAACUCUGACAUCCUGUUAGUGGAUAUGGUUGGUGGCCUUCUUACUGGUGCUGUGGCAGAGCGUUUAGGAGCAGGUACAGGUUACGUUUGCAAUACAUAUCUUGGAAGUACACCGUAUCCUGUGGAGAUAGUCAGAACAUUCAACUUUGAUAAUGAAAUCUGCAAAAGGAUUGUGCGGGCUCCUCUGCGUGACCUCUGUUUAGAACAAACUGGAACAUCCGAGAUAAUUGAUGCCAGCAAUGCAGAAUUAAAUGGCCAAACCUCCUCCAUCAACAUGGAAGAAAUGUCUCUUCCAUCCAACCACGAGGCUGUGGAUUCAGAGACUAUUAUCUCUCCACAAAGUAAAAUGGGCAAACCCCCUAAAGCUGGUGAAAAGGCAUCAGAAGAAGCCAUUAAGUCAUGGAAGGAAAAUGGGUUCUCUAGUCUAAUAAUUGCUGCUCCAGAUGCGGAUGCUUGGAGCUUAGCGAAGGAUCUACUGCCACUUCUAUCAUAUUCAGCACCAUUUGCUAUCUACCACCAGUAUCUUCAGCCACUUGCAACAUGCAUGCACAAUUUACAGCAGGGGAAAAUGGCAAUUGGUUUGCAAAUUUCAGAACCUUGGCUACGUGAAUAUCAGGUUCUCCCAUCAAGAACUCAUCCAUUGAUGCAGAUGAGUGCCUUUGGGGGUUACAUUCUCAGUGGGACCAAGAUAUGUAGCAGUAGCUAAUCUGGACUCCCAGAGAAUAGUACAUCAAACCUAGCUCCUUCGUCCAUGUUGGCUGCUUGUUGGCAAGCGAAAUACCCUGCCCAUGAAUUGGAAACCUGCAGCUCUGCAAAUUGAGUUUUUUUAGAUAGGAUUGCAAUAUGGUUUCUGUAGCUUGAUUUUUUCUCCUGCCCGAUCUUGCACUUGCAAGACGUGCAACUUGCUGUUUCAUGCAAGUUAUAUUUUGUGAUUUCAAGACGGAACAAAUCAGAUUAUUUUUAGGCUACCCACCUGUGUGCUUCGGUAUCAAAUAUAAUUUCUGGAAGUGUUUAGGGUAAUGA